GAAAAAACAAAAUCCACAGUUUGGGAUUCUCUUUGUUUCUUUGUUCUCCCCAUAUUCCCUUUAGAUUUCCCUCCCCCACUUCCCAACCAUCAUGUUACGUCAAGCAAGCACACUCACUCGUCGUCAGUUAUUACAGCGAGCGACACUGCAAGCAAAUCAGCAAGCGCGGGCAUUUUCUCUAUUGCGUAGCGUUUCUCCUAUCUUUUCAAACAAUAAAAAAAAGCAGAAUGCUUCGUCCAUGGCCACUUCUAAACUGAUGCCCGAUGUCUCCCAUCGUACAUCGCCAUCGCAACAGGCAACAAAAGUUCUCUCUCCCCUGGUCAAGUAUGAUGAAAUCACUUCCAAAGGUCUCGUCAACCCCGACCAUCAUCAACGAGAAGUCGUCAAGCACCUCGAACGUCUGUGGCAUGAUUUAACACAUUAUCAUCCAGAAGAUCAUACUGUCCAAACCACCACAAAGCGUAUUUUUGGUCAGUUUUCUAGUUGGUUCGGAUCAGAUAAUAGCAGUGCCAGUACACAUUGGAUUCCCAAAUCCGUGUAUAUCUAUGGCGACGUGGGUACGGGCAAAACCAUGGUCAUGGACUUGUUCUUCGACAGUCUUCCUAUCAAGCGGAAACGACGAGUGCAUUUCCAUGCUUUCAUGCUCGAUCUUCACGUCCGUAUUCAUCAAGUGAAAAAGGCAAAUCCCGGUAUCAGCAAUCCAUUGGCUCCCAUUGCCAGCAAGUUGGCCGAGGAUGCCUAUGUUCUGUGUUUCGACGAAUUCCAGGUUACAGAUAUUGCCGAUGCCAUGUUACUGCGCAAAUUGUUUGAUGAACUGUUUGAUCACGGUGUGGUCCUCGUGACCACUUCCAAUCGUCAUCCCACCGAACUGUACAAGAACGGUAUUCAGCGUCAGUCGUUCUUGCCUUGUAUCGAUAUGUUGCUCGAAAAGUGUGACGUGCUGUGUCUCGAUUCCGGUACCGAUUAUCGUAAAAUGAAGCGUGAAAUGUCGCAAGCGUUUUUCCAUCCACUGAACAAUGAUACGCAACAUCGUAUUGAUGCUGUUACCGAACAACUGUGUCAUCAUAAAAAGAUGCAACCAAUGACGCUUCAAUUCUUGUCGCGCAAACUCGUCGUGCCGGCUCAAGCUGAUGGUGUAGCGAGGAUGCGAUUUGCCGAUGUGUGUUCCAAAGCGCUCAGUGCGGCGGAUUAUCUCGAACUGGUCAAGAAUUUCCAUACCAUUGUGUUAACCGAUAUUCCAAAGAUGACAAUGAAGCAUCGUGCCGAAGCCCGACGAUUCAUCACUUUCAUCGAUGCGUUGUAUGAAUCCCGUUGUACGUUGGUUGCGAGUGCCGAAAGCGAUAUCAUGGACAUUUUCAACGCAGAAGAAGGUGCUAACGAAAUCGAAGACGGUAUGCGUAUGAUGAUGGACGAUCUCAACGUCGACGAUAUAUCUUCCCCGUUGUUCUCCGGUCAAGAGGAAGCGUUUGCGUUCCAAAGAGCAUUAUCGCGAUUAUUCCAAAUGCAGAGCAAAGAAUGGGUGAAUAAGGAUCUGUCUUCGAUGACUGCCUAGACUUUGUUGUCUGUUAUUUUUUUUUUUUGUCUAUAUCCAUUAGAAAUAGUGUUUCUUCAUUUCCUCCCAUUUUCCCCCCUCUCCUCAUUUUAUUUCCCUACACAUCUCUUUUUUUCCUUUUUAUCGUUUUCUUGUUUUUUGCAGUGGGUCGGAAAUGAGAAAAAAGACAAAAUAGUAACAAUUGGAAGGAAAAAGAAAGAAGAAAGUCAAGUUUUUUGAAAAAAGUGGUGUGAGAAAAGAA